AUGGCGGGCGAAACAGCUCAGUCAAGAGGAACUUAUGAGAGCACGACUUCAUCACUGACUGAAUUCCCACCAGAGACUGACAGCUCUUCUACGUCGGAGUAUCCAUGGGUUUCACCUCGAGCUACGUCGGACUACUCAUCGACUUCAGCUGAAGACUAUGACUCAACCCUUGCUGGAGAAGACACUACUGAAACAACAACAAGCGAAAUGUCCACGGAACGUGCGACCACGACUUCAAUAUGGAAGUCGUCACCAGAUGGAGGAGCCUCUACAGAACAACAGCAGACCAAAGUUCAACAGAGCUCCUGCUCUCGACUUCUGAUGACUAUUCUUCAUCUCAUGGAGGAGCUACUACUGAUAACAACAAUGGACCAAAUAUCUACAGAAAGCACAACGGCUACUUCACCUCAGGAAUCGUCGUCUGAUGAGGAAACCACUUCUGAAGCAACAACGGACCAAAUAUUUAACGGAAAGCAUCUCCAUGGCUUCACUUCAGGACUUGACAUCCCAUGA